AUGCCUGUCCCAUGGAGCCAUCUGAUCCGUUUCAAGGCACAAGAAGACGGCUUGAUUUACCUUGGUCAAGUCGAUAGUCAGGUGGUGCCUGAUGUCGGUGUUGCUGUCUUCACGGGACGAAAGGUCUCUGCGAGAGUUGUAUCAGGCACUGUCUUUGAAGGCAAGGUGACAGAUGCGCUCUUAUCCCCGCUGUCCAUUGAUCAAGUCCCUGUGAUUCUAUGCCUUGGCCUGAACUACCGCGACUAUGCGAAGGAAUCGAAUAUGCCAAUCCCUGACGAGCCUGUGCUGUUUCUGAAGCCACACCGAUCGCUGACGGGACCAUCUCCGCAGAAAGUGUCAAUCCCAGGAAUAGCCCAGGACGGAUCAAGCGACUACGAGGGAGAACUGGGAUUUUUCCUAUCUAGAACAGGAAGAGACAUAGCUGAGCGAGAUGCUUGGGACUAUGUGCUUGGCUUCACUUGCUGUAACGACAUCUCCGCUCGCAACUUGCAAUUCAAGAGUAGUCAAUGGUCCUUCUCAAAAGGCUUUGACACGUCUACGCCCACAGGACCGACUUUGGUCAGCCCAGGCGCCCUGUCAGAUCCUCACAAUCUUCGCAUACGGACAAUUUACAAUAAGGAUUAUACUGUACAGGACUCCAGCACCCGUGAACUCAUCUUCUCCGUUCCUUACAUCAUCUCAUACCUUUCUCAAGGCACCACCCUGGAAAAAGGGACGCUCGUCCCCACUGGCACUCCGCCUGGUAUUGGAUGUAUGCGACAACCAAAAGUCGUCCUAGGGGAUGGAGACGAGGUCCGAGUUGCGAUUGAAAAUAUUGGCAUCUUAAUAAGUCAGGUGUCCUACUCUGAUGCCAAUAGUAAGGAGGUCAGAGGAUAA